AUGCCGAGCUCCGGGGCGGGUGUGUCGCUGGCUGCGCUGUGCUUGCUGCUCCUGGCGGGGCCGGGCCUGCGCGGGGAGCGCCUGGUCGGGGGGCUGCAGGAGGUGCCGAUCUCGGAUCCCGGGGUGCAGGCGGCCGUGCGGUUCGCGGUGGAGGCUUAUAACCAGGCCAGCAACAGCCUGCACUACUGCCGGGCAGAGCAGGUGCUGCGGGCCCGCAGCCAGGUGGUGGCCGGCAUGAAAUACUACCUGACUGUACAGCUGGUGACAACACAGUGCCGGAAAAGUGGGGCAGGCCUUGGAAACAGGGACAUCAGCACAUGCCCCUUGCCGCCAGCAUCAGAGCAACGGAAACUGAUCUGUGAGUUCCAGGUCUGGUCUCGUCCCUGGCUUAACCAGACACAGUUAUUAUCUCAGAACUGCUCUGUGUCUGACUCCUGAAACCCAUCUCGUCUGAUGACAGUGAACCGAUCUGCCAUUGAUCGAUGUUGCCUAGGAGUCAUGCUGGCUCUCUUCUUCUGUUGCUGCCUCUUCUCUCUAAUCCCCAUAUUCCUCACCAGGAGAAGGAAGAUUGGGAUCUUAGAACUCCUCCUCUCCCUCUAUCUCCUCCAAUCAGAGCAGGUUUGGAAAUGACUGGGCCCCUCUUCUCCUGUAGUGUAUGAUUGUUCAGCCCUGCUUAAUGACCAAACUGAAGCCCCUGGGUGCUUUCUGUCAUAGCUCAGAUCUGGCAUCCCCUAUGAUGUAGGGAAUAAAACUGAUUCACCAUGUUCAA